AUGUCAGUUUAUGAUCCCACAAGUUCCGCAAGUGUGGAUCAUCGGCGGAAAUGGGAUCGGGAGGAGUUUGAGCGAAAAGCACAAGAACGAUUAUUGGCAGAAAAAGAUGAAGAAAUAAAAGGAAAGCGUAAGCUGCCACGAUUCCCAGACGAACCGAAAGUAAAACGAGAAUUAUUGAAAGCUCGAGAAUAUAAGGUUGAUUUGGAAUCGAAAGUUGGUCGCACAGUGGUUAUCAACAAAACAACACCAUCAGCUGAAACUGGUGGAUACUAUUGUGAUGUUUGUGAUUGUGUCGUUAAAGAUUCCAUCAAUUUUCUAGAUCAUAUUAAUGGAAAGAAUCAUCAGCGUAACAUGGGCAUGAGUAUGAAGAUAAAACGAAGCACACUAGAUGAAGUACGCCAGCGAUUUGCUUUUAAAAAAGCUCAAAAAGAAGUGCAGAAAAAGGAAGAGGAUAUGCAUGACCGACUGGAUGAUUUGAAGGAGGAAGAGGCACGUAUGGCUGAUUAUAAGAAAGCCAAACGGUUGGAACAAAAGAAACGGAAGUAUCCUGAGGUACAAGUUGAUGAAGAAAUUGCUGCAACUAUGGGGUUUGGUGGAUUUGGUACCACUAAAAAGUAA